ACUUUUUAAACUUUUUAAAUUUCAAGAUGGCGACUUCCAGGAUUUGUGUACCAGGUAACUUCUCGUUACAUUUUGAAGUAAAAUAAUUACAAUAUUUAGUAUCAAAAUUUAUAAUUAUACCUAUUUAUGUUAAUUACCAUCUAGAAAUCGGACCAAUAUCUUACUACUUAACUAGAUUAAAGUGAAAGGCACAUAAUAACUUGUGUAAUUUUAUUAAAAAAUGACUGACUGUUACUGUUACUGAGUUUUACUGUUACUGUUACUCUGUUAAACUCUAUGACUAUGUUACUAUGUUAUGUACUAUGACUAUGUCUAUUAAUUCUAUUCUAAUUAUACUACUCAGCUACUCACUCUAUAGUUAUAGUCAAAAAGCGAUAGUCUCUACACACUAUAUACAUACACUAAAAAAAGGCUACCCACUAAAUAAAAUAAUACUAUAACUAUAAUAUUAAUAUUUAAAUUUAACAUUUUAUUUUUGACGCAAGUCACAAACGUUACAUUUACAUACUUCAUUACUCUACUAAUCAGUCCAAUUGGGGUUAUCAUAUCAAUAAUUAAUAAUAUCAUAUUAUUAAUAUGAUUCUCUGAAUACAAAAGGCGGACAAGUCUUCCUUUUUCUAUUAAAUAUAACUUCUUCCAUCAAUCACAAUCCUCUUAACUCUUAAUACUUAAUUAUAAUUAUUGAAAUUAAAACCUGCGACUAUUCAUACCCUGGUACCAGAAGUGAGAGGUUGGGACUAAAAAACUAUUAAAAAUAUUAUUGUUGGGUUUGUACGACAAAAUGAGGUAUCAAAUAAAAGAUAAUAAUAAUUGAAUGGACUAUACUAUGACUAUAUGUUUGUAAACUUACUCCUUCAGUUUAACUAAAAUAAACUACCACAAGUGACAUCCAAGUAGCUUGAGUCUAAUGGUACCUGGAUGUGAAUGGCGGCGCUGCAUGUCUGAGUCCAUUUAGACUCAGUACUAUUCGAAUGUCAUUAUUUGUAUCAACCACCAAAGUUAAUUCUAUCAAUGCAUGUUAAUUUUUUAAACAAGAUUACUAACUUGAAAAAAAUGACAUACUAUUUUUUUGUCAUAUUCAGACAUUCAUAUGAUAUGGGACUAAAAUGCAUAUAUAGAAACUGAUAAAAUAAAAGUGUAAUCGUAAAUUUUAACUAAAUGAAACAAAUAACCCCUUUAUUAUUAGUUUAUACUUAUAAAUGUUAAACAAUUCCACAGAAAAUUUGAAAUUAAUAUCUGAAGAAUAUUAUUAUUCUUGUCAUUUUUGGGAAAUUCAAUAAAAAAUAUUUAAACAAAAUUAAUUAAUUAAUUUCAAAUAAGUGACAAGUCAGCAUAUUUUAUACAUUUUGGGGGGGGGGGGGUGAGGGGGGAGUGUUACACCCUGAACACAGGUUGACUACUAAAAAUUUCACUAAAAAAAAACUAUUACAAGUGUCAAAUAUUACAAGUUACAAGUGUCAAAUUUUCACUGAAGCUAGACGAAUGGUCAUUCUACCAUAAUAACACAUAAAAUAACCAUUAGUAGUGCAACAUAAUAGUUUGCUAACAUUGAAAAAAAAUAAUAAAAAUGGGAUGCUGGAAAAAGGCAUGUCAGACAAAAAAAAUUAGUUAGAAUGUUUUAAGCUCACAUUUAUUACAAUUUUUUAACCAUACAGAAACAUGGAUUAGCUUUGGCGACAACUAGGAAAAAUGUAAUUUAUUGAAUACUUUUUGUAUAAAAGCAUCCCAAAGUAUCUUAAUUUUGACAUUUUAAAAUCAAAUUUUGAAGGAUUGUAAAAUGUGUACUUAUUAAUAUAUUGCACUAUCCUUAGUUCCUGACAUAGACAAGUAUAUAAUAUAGCAUCUUGCAAAAUUUUAAACAAAUUGGUUGAUAUUUUAAAAAGUUAUCAUUUUUUAUGUGAAUUAAAUGUUGAAAUUUUGUGAAUGAACGCGCAAUAAUUUUGUUCAUUAAGUUAAUAAAUUUUAUAAUUUUAAUGACCUCCCUGAAAGAUAAAGAUGUAAUUUAGCUUCAACUUUUGACUCUUCUAACCCAAAUUUAAGCCUUCUUCUGCUUCUUCUAUCUUCUAAGGACUUAUUCAUUUUUUUUUUUGUGCCUUCGAUAUCCGCUUAGCACCCAUCAUAAUGAAAUAAUUCAACGUAAAUUGUCCAAAGGAAAGCUGCAAAAUCUUAGAGGAGCCUCCAAUACUUUGGAUCCAUCAUUGAAAAGAAGGGUUGCUAAGUCAACACCAAUGUGGGCAGCUCUUAAACCAUGAUAUUUGUUCUUAGGGCACAUUUCCAAUAUAAUAUUAUUCAUCGAGUCGUUCGCAUAUUGGGUAUAAAUAUCUAAAAAUUUUCUAAAAAAUAAUUGGAUGGUAAAGGUCUAAAAAAAAUUGGCCUAAUUAAAUUAAUUUCUGCUGAUUGAUUCCCUAUUACUAUUAUUUAUAAACAUUAAAAAUUAAUGAAAUGAUUUACAGAUGUCUUAAUUUUCACUUUAAUCUAAAUGAGAACCAUUUACUCCAUACAUGUCUAUCAAUUUAAUUUCUGACUUGUUCUGGGUGGGCGUGGCAUUUGGUGUUAUCAAGACCACUAAAUUUUAAUUUUAGUCAAAGUCAAGGAGUAGGUCAUAUUCAACGAUUCAAUGGAAUCAGAUUGUUUUAAUAAAUUUAUUUCAUUUAAAAUAUCCUCAUUGGGUCCAAUAUUAGGCUUAGUAUAUCUAUUUUCAUGAAACGCUCGUUUCUUUGAAUAUUUGUUAUCACUAGGCAUUGUAUAAACAAAUGAUAAAAAAUAUUAAGACAAUUUUAAUAUUUACAAAAAUGUUUUGUUUAUUUCCAUGGAAGCCGCCAUAUUUAAAGGACUGAUCAUUGUAUUAAACAAUUAUUAGGGAGGUCAUCCUUGUUUUAAUACAAUUGAGAUAGAAAAAGUUUAAGGAUUUUUUUUGUUGUUGUAAAUUCUGAUAGGUCUGAUUUGCUGGUACAGAGACUAGCCAGCCAAUCUCAAGGCUUGAAUUAUCAGGCCUAUAGAUUGGACAUCCGUCUCAAGAGAGUUAAAAUUGUACAGGGGUUUUAUUAUAUUUAUGUGCUUCUCACAACAAAAAUGGCAACAUACAUUUUUUUAAAUGAUACCUCAAAAUAAUUUUUAACAUUUACAAAUAUUCUAGGAACGUUGCUUUCAAAUAUUUUAAUUGGUUGGCAUUUUAAAAAAAAAUAAAUUAGAUAUUAGCUGAGCCCAGUGCCAGUGCAGCCCAAACAAAUUGAGAUCUGUUUCUGCUCCAAAGCCCUAUAAAUAAUAUAAACAAAAUAAUAAUUCUAUUUCAGUUAUUGCGCUAAACAUAAGUGUGCUAGACAGCAAUGUUCCCUUUGAGCUGCGCGGCCGCGCAGCUUUCUCACAGAUGCAGCACAGCAGUUUUGUGUAUCCGCGCAGCAAAUUUCCACAUAAGUGUGUGUCUGUGUUUGUGGGCUGUAAAAUUUUGCACACAAAAAAAUUGAUGCUGUAAAACUUUGCACACAACUGCAUGAUUUUGCACACAAACCAACAAACCUUAGAGGGAACAUUGCUAGACAGUACACAUUUAUAUUGAAUAAUUCAAAUUGUAAUCAUUUUUUUUUAAAUUUUCAUUUUUCUGAUAACGUUGGGUGAAUGAAGAAUUUUUAAUUUUGAUAGGACAAAGAUUAAACCGUGCUGAUGAUAAACACAUUGGGGGCAAAGGGACCUACUCACGAAAUGGUUUUAUUUACUCAAGUGUUCUAGGAUACUGGGAGGAACGCCCCACAAAUGAUAACACAGUAGGUAUUGAAUUUAGCUAUGACACUAGCAAAUGGUAUAUUUUUUUAGAUUAGAAGAUCAAAGACCCAUGGACUUGAUCUUUGGCUGACACAAUGAAUAAUACUAAGGUUUUAAUCUAUAAUAAAUUCAAUACUAGGUAUAAAGAAUAUAUUUGAUAAAUGUUAUUUACUUUUCUAAUUGGGUAUAUGCUAAUGCAAUAUUUUCAUAACUAAAUUCACAAUAAAAUAUAAUGUUUUAAUCAUAAUAUUUUAUGUACAGGAAAUCUUAAUAAGUGUACACACAGGUGAAACUCAAACAGUCAUUCCUAGCAUAGAUGACAUUGUCACUGCAAGAGUAAGUUGUUCUUAAUAUUGAACACAAUUAUUAAAACAUUAACAGUACAGUAAAAAAAAGACCUAACUCUCAUAUCUGUCUUUAUUUUGGCAGUAUAACCAUAUUCUGGGAUUUUAAAAAGUAUGAAAUGUGUGAUUUUUUAAAAAAAUAAUCAGAGAGAUUUUAUCUGUUGUGCUUCUUGAGCUACGUUUUGUGACUGUAUUGCAGGAGAAUAUAUAUUAUUUAUACUCUUCUCACGUCCUUUGCAACAAAAAAUUUAUGUUUGAUUGGAAGUUUGAAAUAUUUUGUUAGCCAUUAUCAGGAGGUUCUACUGUACCAGUACUUACUUAUGUUUUUAAUUAUAUAGUGUCCAAUGUCCAUAUAUAUAUAUAUAUAUAUAUAAAGUUAAUAUUGUAGUGUAGUUUAGAAACAAGUUUUAAUACUGGUAACUAAAAGUAUUAGCAUGUCUGUAAAGUUUCACAAACUUUUUACUCUCUUCAUAUAUUAUUUUUAGGUAACAAAUGUAAAUCCAAGAUUUUGCAAGUGUGAAAUUCUCUCGGUGGGUACAACUCCUCUAUGUGAUGUAUAUAGAGGUCUAGUCAGGUAAUUCUAGUGUUUUUUCGACGACCUAUUUUUCUUUUUACACUAAGUUGGAUGAUUCACUGCAGUCCUGACACUAUAGUUUAAACGUAUUUUAUCCAAUUAAGAACAUGUCUAUUCCUUGGUGUUUUUUUUCUAGCCGCAUAUUUAAUUUUAUGUGACUAAUCCAUUCUGUCCAGGUCAAUGUCAUACUAAACAAAUUUUAUUUACUUAAAAGUUUGUUGUUUUUUUGUUGUUGUUGUUGAACAUGGGAGGGUGAAACAUCCCUUAUCAUUUUCUUUAAUUAUUUUUUUUUUUUUUGUUCUUGUGUUUCAACAUUUUUUUUUUGUAUUUAAGCUAACAUUUUCAUUGCUUUGUUUGAAAGGUUCAGCCCAAUUUUUUUUAAUUAGAGCCUUUUAAAAAUAUUUGUAAAAAAUCUUCACUUUUUUCUUUUUAAUUUUUAUUUAUUUUAAUGUUUUUUUUUUUUUUUUUUUUUUUUUUUAUUAUUGGAUGGUGUUACUUUCUUUUUCUUUUUUUUUAAUUAUUUUUUUUUUUUUUGUUCUUGUGUUUCAACAUUUUUUUUUUGUAUUUAAGCUAACAGUUUCAUUGCUUUGUUUGAAAGGUUCAGCCCAAUUUUAUUUAAUUAGAGCCUUUUAAAAAUAUUUGUAAAAAAUCUUCACUUUUUUCUUUUUAUCUAUGUCAAUUUCAUUUAAGACUAUGGAAAACCAUGUAUACCGGGUAAUGGAUUUCCCUACAGUCAUACAUUCCCCCCCCCCCCGUUUUUUUUUAAAGGAAAGAAGACGUCAGAGCAACAGAAAAAGACAGGGUGGAAAUGUACAGAUGUUUUAGGCCUGGUGAUAUAAUCAUUGCUCGUGUUGUAUCCUUUUCUUGUAUAGUUUCACUUUUCAUUCAAUGUCUGUUUACAUAGUGAAAAAAUCACAGCCAGUGUCAUGACCUAUACUUUAUUAUUGAAUGUCUCUCAUAAAACUAAAAGAUAUUUUUUUAGUUGCUAGCCCUACCCCAACCACUUAACAAUCAGAUAGAACUUGUAGAGGUUCUUCAAAAUUUAAAUUUACAUAGUUGUGUUUUUUUUUAAAUUGUGACCACCAACCUAAUAUAACAAGUUAAAGAUGCUUUUAUUUGUUAAUCUAAAAGAAUGUAACUGUAUCCAUUGGUUGGGGAAAGAAGUGGAGGGGGGGGGGGCACUUCAAUAAAUAUAAGGAAUACAGUGAGUGCCGGUACAAAACAUACUUGUGAUGCCCCUCUCUGUGAUUUCACUUUUAGUUCUGGUGUGUUGAGAAGAUAAAUGUAACACAAGAGGAUGAUGAAAUAAAAUACUUCACAGUAACCUUAAUAAUAAUUUGUUGAAAGAAAAUAUCACAAGCUACCUUUACUUGGCUAGGGUUUUACCCCCUUGUUUACUUUUUCAACAGGUUUUUUAAAAAAACUCAUAGAUUAUGUUGAAACCAUGGGCUCCCGCAAAAAUUUUAGUCAUGUUUUAAUAUAGUUUUAAUUUACUGUAGCGUAUUUGUUUUGUGAACGAAUGGACAGGACAUCAGCUUAGUUACUUUCUCUUUAUUUUCUCUUUACUUUAAUAAAUUUUUUGUCUAUUUUUGUCUAAAAAUUUUUUAUCCAAUCAAUCCAGGAGGGAGCAAGUGCCCCCCCUUGCCCCUACCUGCGGGCGCCCAUGGUUGAAACCUCUUAAUUUCUUUUUGAUGAAGGACACUCUUAGUGGCCACACCAUCAGUAUUAUCCCUUAAGCUUUGUGGGUUUUUUAAAAAAAUAUAUUGAACUCAAGCUUAAUUCAUCUCUAGUUAGAGUCAAUUUAUUGCUAAUUCUGAAAAUUAGGUUUAUUUUAAUUUCUCAUACAAUAAUUUUCCUUAUAUUCUAUUCAGUUAUCGUUAGGUGACGCACAAUCUUAUAUAUUAGGUACAGCAGAAAAUGAACUGGGAGUUGCAAUAGGCAUGAGUGAAGCAGGUGAGUUAGAUCUAAUCAUAAAUGUGUUGGUUGUCAUUACUCUAUCGGGCAAUAAAAUUGUAUUGUUAUAAUGGUGGUUGUUUUUUUUUUUUUUUUGGUUGUUUUUUUUCUAUUUUCUGAAGAAAGGCGCUUUUUUUAUUGCCUAUCAAUUUGAUAUUGUUUAACUUUUUCAUUAUUGUUUAGAAUUCUUUAUUUAAUUUAAUUUGUUAUUAACUUUUUGUGUUUGUUUUUUUUUUUUUUUUUUUUUUUUUUUUUUUUUUUUUUUUUUGGUUGUUUUUUUUCUAUUUUCUGAAGAAAGGCGCUUUUUUUAUUGCCUAUCAAUAUGAUAUUGUUUAACUUUUUCAUUAUAGUUUAGAAUUCUUUAUGUAAUAUAAUUUGUUAUUAACUUUUUGUGUGUGUUUAUUUUUUUGCAGGAGUUAGUAUGGUACCUGUAAGCUGGUGUAAAAUGCAAUGUCCAAAAACAUUAAAUGAAGAAUUUCGCAAAGUGGCCAAAGUUCGCCCAGAAUACAUUCAGACAGUGCAUCAAGGAUAAAGUUAAUUUUUCAAUUUCUUUAAAGAAUAAUGAUAUCAUUAUGAGCAAUAAAGUUAUCACUUGUACAGAACAUAACAAUUUUACUUUUAUAUUUAUUUUUUAAUGUUGCUUAGAAAAAUACAUAUAUUUCAUUUAAUGUAUUCUUUUUAAGGAUAAGACUUGUCUGGAUACAAAUUACGUUGACUUUGUUGCCCAA